UCAAUCACCACACCAAAACCACUCUCAGCCUCACUCUCUCAAACCCUCCCUAGAAAAAGCCCUAAAACCAUCAUGGCUACCAUGGCCACUGCCCUCACCUCCUCCCUCUCUUCCAAACCCAAGACCCCUUUCCAAGAAACCUCCUCCUUCCAUGGCCUUCCCAUACCAUCACGAAUCCAAUCCGUCCAUUCAUCUCUCCAACACCAUCAAAACCUCUCCAUCACCAUGUCCACAAACUCCCCCACCUACGAUCUCAAUUCCUUCCAAUUCCAACCCAUCAAAGAAUCCAUCGUCGCACGUGAGAUGACCCGUCGAUACAUGACAGACAUGAUCACCUACGCCGACACCGAUGUCGUCAUCGUCGGCGCUGGCUCAGCCGGCCUUUCCUGCGCCUACGAGCUCAGCAAAAAUCCCUCUGUCCGUAUCGCAAUAAUCGAACAGUCAGUUAGCCCAGGUGGCGGGGCUUGGCUCGGUGGCCAGCUCUUCUCCGCGAUGGUAGUCCGCAAGCCGGCUCACGUCUUCCUCGAUGAGAUCGGAGUCGAGUAUGACGAGCAAGACAAUUACGUAGUAAUCAAGCACGCUGCUCUCUUCACGUCGACUAUCAUGAGCAAGCUCCUUGCUAGGCCGAACGUGAAGCUUUUCAAUGCUGUGGCGGCUGAGGAUUUGAUCGUGAAGGAAGGACGUGUUGGGGGUGUUGUGACGAACUGGGCGCUUGUGUCGAUGAACCAUGAUACUCAGUCUUGCAUGGAUCCGAAUGUGAUGGAGGCGAAGGUUGUUGUGAGUUCGUGCGGUCAUGAUGGGCCGUUUGGUGCGACUGGGGUGAAGAGGCUUAAGAGCAUUGGGAUGAUCGAUGCUGUGCCGGGGAUGAAGGCUUUGGAUAUGAAUACGGCGGAGGAUGCGAUUGUUAGGCUGACGAGGGAGAUUGUACCAGGGAUGAUCGUUACUGGGAUGGAAGUGGCAGAGAUCGACGGAGCGCCGAGAAUGGGCCCCACGUUUGGAGCAAUGAUGAUAUCUGGUCAGAAAGCAGCUCAUUUAGCAUUAAAGGCAUUGGGUCAGCCAAACGUUUUGGAUGGCACUUCUAGCCUCGGAAGCCCUCUCCCAGAAUUCGUCCUCGCAUCUGCCGAGGCUUCUGAGAUUGCAGAUGCUUAGACAGCCUUUCCAAAACCCAAGACAAAAAAGCCCAUCAAAGCAAGAUAUGAGAUUUGUCAAUGCAUGCAUGUAUUGGAAUCCCAUGUGAGGCGUUUGGCUUCUUUAUCAGGUUUUGUGGCGAUGUAGAAUCAGGUUUUUCCUACUUUUCAAGACCUUCACUACAAAUAUCUGUAUGUAGGCAAUAAUGUGGUGUGGAAUUUGAAAAAGACUGGUGGGGCCCUUUGGGUCUUUGUCGACCUUUUCUGGAUUUUUAUUGGUGAGGAUCUUGUGAGUA